GACUGUGUUAAUACCACCACCCCAAAAACUAAACCAAACUAAAUCUACUUUCUUUCACCAUUAUUAAUAAACCAAAAAAUUACACAAAACAACAACAAAGCUAAAGUUUUGGGUUUGUGUUGAAUAGCAACCAGCUUGGCUGUUUUUGCCAAAAACUUCAAAAAAGAUAGUACUUUGAUAGGUACUAAAACCUGAUGAGUACAAAAAACUGGUGGGUUUUAUGUAAAUUUCCUUACUUUCUUGGGCUUUGGUACUUUUUUUUGUUCAAAUUGACCAAAAUGCUCCUCUGCAUGGUUCCUGUGUGACUAAAUAAUUACUGUUCAAACGUUCUAUUACACUUAUUGCAAUGGUGGUGGUGUAAAAAAAUUAUCUUGGGAAGGAAAGGGAUCCUUUUUGCUUUGACAAUAUGAAGUUUAUGAAGCUUGGAUCAAAACCAGAUACCUUUCGAAGUGAUGGGAAUAACGUAAGGUAUGUAGCAAGUGAGCUAGCAACUGACAUUGUAGUCACUGUUGGGGAUUUUAAGUUUUAUCUGCACAAGUUUCCUCUUCUAUCAAAAAGUGCCUGCUUACAGAAGUUGGUUGCAAGUGGCAACGAACAAAAUUGCGAUGAAGUUCAGAUUUCUGACAUUCCCGGUGGCUCGGUUGUGUUUGAGAUAUGUGCCAAAUUUUGUUAUGGCAUGACCGUCAACCUUAAUGCUUACAACAUCUUUUCCACUCGAUGUGCAGCUGAGUAUUUAGGAAUGUAUGAGACCAUUGAAAAAGGGAACUUAAUUUAUAAGAUUGAUAUCUUUCUCAACUCCAGCAUUGUCCACAGCUGGAAGGAUUCGAUUAUUGUUCUUCAGACUACAAAAUCUUUGUCACCGUUAUCCGAUGAAUUGAAGGUGGGCGGUCUAUGCGUCGAUGCUAUAGCUACCAAUGCUUGUAUUGAUGUUUCCAAGGUUGAUUGGUCCUACACUUAUAACCGGAAGAAGCUCCCAGAGGAAAACGGGAAUGAUCCGAACUUUAAUGGUGUCAAAAGUCGACCAGUGCCAAAGGACUGGUGGGUUGAAGAUCUGUGUGAACUUGAAAUUGAUCUAUAUAAGCGUGUUAUAAUGAGUAUUAAAACCAAAGGAAUACAAUCCCAUGAAGUGAUCGGAGAAGCUUUGAAAGCUUAUUCUUAUCGAAGGUUGCCGGGUUUCAGUAAGGGCGUAAUCCAUUCUCGUGAUGUUGGAAAGUAUCGAUCAACUGUUGACACUAUCGUCUGGUUGUUGCCUGCAGAGAAAGGAAGUGUAUCUUGCAGUUUCUUGUUUAAGUUGUUGAAAGCGGCUAUCAUAGUUGACUCAGGAGAUAUGGCUCGGGAACAGCUGGUGAGACAAAUAGGACAACAACUUGAGGAGGCUUCCCUGAAUGAUCUUUUGAUAAGAGCAGCAGAAAGGGAAGACGUAAUGUAUGAUGUCGAUAUGGUACAGAAAAUAGUGAACAAGUUUCUGAUGCAAGAUCGGAAUGCUGAAUAUGAAUCGGAAGAAAACAAGGUUCAGGAAAUACAAAGACCCGGAAUCUUAACAGAUGCUUCCAAGCUGAUUGUGGCAAAGUUGAUAGAUGCAUACCUUGCUGAAAUCGCAAAGGAUCCAAACUUACCCUUGUCAAAGUUUGUAGACCUUGCUGAAACAGUGUCUUGCAUCUCUCGGCCUACUCAUAACGGGCUUUACCGAGCCAUUGACAUGUAUCUUAAGGAGCACCCAUGGAUGAGCAAGAGUGAGCGAAAAAGGAUAUGCAAGUUAAUGGACUGCAAGAAACUAUCAGCCGAUGCAUGUAUGCAUGCUGUUCAAAACGAGAGGCUCCCAUUGCGUGUGGUCAUUCAGGUUCUCUUUUUCAAGCAACUCCGGGGGGCUGCUGCCACUUCAUCCGGAACUAGCACUCCUGACUUACCCAAAUCCCUGAAAAACGCAAAUGGCGGAUCUCACGGGAGCUCAAGAUCAGCACCAACUAAUCCGGAGGAAGAUUGGGAUUCAGUGUCUGCAACCGAGGAGCUGAAGGCUCUGAAAACCGAACUGGCUGCCUUAAGGUUGAGAAACCGCGGAGAUAUUAGAAACAACGUUGACAACGCGGCCGCCAUUAGUAAAAUGAAAGAUUUAAUGAAGUCAAAGAGGAUAUUUACAAAGAUAUGGUCAAGCAAAGCAGCCAUAGGUGAGAACAGUGGUUCAGAUUCAUCAGAGAGUCUUGGUUCUGCAAAUCCUGAAGAAGCUAAAUCAACACCAUCUAGAAAUAGGAGGCAUUCAGUUUCUUAGUAGACAAUGUGGGAAAAUACAUUAACUUUUUGGUGGGGUUUUUUAAUGUUUUUACCUCUCUUAAUGACAAUGGUAAAUUCAAGACUAGUUUUAUGUUAA